AUGUCAAGCCAUCGCCCCAUCUCCCCGGGCAUGGCAGAGAGGCCUGGAGAUGACUCCGUGGUAUCUGGAUCUAGAAGCAGGCUGAACGAGUCGAUUUCUCCCGCAAUGACACGGGAAUUGGUGCUCAACUAUCUGGUGCAUCAUUGCUACCUCGACACCGCUUUAGCCUUCGCUGGCGACGGCAUCGCAGCGGAAGGAUCCAGUGGCCUAGACGUUCGCAGUAAAUCUCAGCCUCCUGGCUCUUCUAAGCGACCAGGUCUCGGCGCUGGUGUCGUACCCCCUCCUCUGGCAAGAGGAGACUCGAGCACGGAGAUGGAGAUAGAAGUGGACGAAGCCUUGGCCAUGGCAGCCGAAUUGAAUGGUACCACCCAAGCUGCACGACAAUUAGCUGACAAGACCUUGAACGGCAAAGGGAAAGGCAGAGACGACUUGCACAAGUUCGCGUCCGGGCUCGAAGGGCAUGAGAACGUAGGUGAACUCAGUGGCGAUGACAUCUUUCAGAUUAGCAUCAGGCGAGGUGAGCAUCGCAGCAUUCACCUCUUCCAAAUCUGAAGUAAGGCUCACAACAAUUCACACGCUUUCGGAAACGCGCACAGACAUCCGGGACCACAUCUUGAGCGGUCGCAUCUACGCUGCCAUCGAAUUGCUAGAUGAGCACUUCCCAGCUGUGGUCAGCUCCUCCGCGGCAGCUGGGCGGUUGAGACGCUCUGAAGCAUCGCCACAGACGCUCGAUCCAAGUAGCGUGUACGCACGGCUUUCAGGAGGUCUUGCGAGCUCCGUCAAUGCUUCAAAUGGUGCAUCGGGGGCGGCUAGUGGUAACGGAAAGAGCGGCAGGCCGAAAGCUGCUCUACCUGCCUACCGACCCAGCCUAGAUCCAGAUCACGUCGCUCUCAAUCUCCAGAUCCAAGCUUUCAUCGAGGCUGUCAGGGGCUCCUCUGGUACCGGUACAACAAGAUCCGUCGGAGACUCGUCGGCAACAGGAAGGCUGUCGCCGUUCUCGGAUGCUGGAAGCAGUGCGGGGUCGACCAAUGGAAGCGCGAACGCUACGGGAGCUGGAGGUGGCGGCAUCAUGGGCGCUCUGGCAUUGGUGCAGGGCAUCAACACCAGAGUACUCUCACUGCCAGAGUAUUGGAGAUCCAUGUAUCUCAAAGAAUUGCAAGGGGUCACUGCUCUGCUUGCAUACGCCAACGUAGAAAGCUCUCCAGUGAGCAAGUACCUCGAUCAGAAGAGACGCGUUGGACUUGCUGAGCAGGUCAACAGCGCCAUCAUUGGUGAGUCAGAUGCGAAAGUCAUCGUGGGCCGGAGGCUUUUGCCUGACCACGCUUGCGCUGAUCCCGCACUCGCGAUCGCAGCGCAAAGUGGGCAACCGUCACAGCCCUUGAUCGAAUCAACAAUCAGACAGACUACGUUUGUGUGGGGCCAAAUAGCAGCGGACAAAGUGCCAGUCCCUCCGAGUCACCUCGCUUUCAUUGGUGGAGAUGCAGGCACAAGUGGUGAUCCAGAAGGCUUCCAGAAGCUCUCACACUUAGAGUCGACACAUGGCACUGCGAAUGCCAAUGGGUCGUCGUUGACAGGUGCUUCCAGCGACCCCCGGAAGAACAGAGGCAGGGUGAAUAUGCGCCCGUGUCGUUAGCUGUGCGCUCAAACGGUAUCUGACGCGUGCCUCGCCCCUUCUACCAACAGAUUCUUCCUCCUUGGGAUCUGCACUCUUUCCUGGCGGAUAGGUGA